GUUUCCCGGUUCAGCCUAUGGAACUAGCGGUUUUUUUCCCUGUCAAUCAUUAGCAAAAGGAAGCUGAGGUUUUGCUGGAGAUCAGGUUGGACCCAAAUCAAGACCGGGGUGAAAAUGAAGCACGUUCUCCAAUACCUGGGCUGCCUCUUUGCCUUCUUCUCGGCCGGCUUCCUGAUUGCGGCUACCUGGACCGACUGCUGGAUGGUGAAUGCCGAUGAUUCCCUGGAGUUGAGUGCUACAUGCCGUGGCCUAUGGUGGGAAUGCGUCACCAAUGCCUUUGAUGGGAUAACAACCUGCGACGAAUAUGACUCCAUAUUGGCUGAGCACCCAGUGAAACUGGUCCUGACCCGAGCCAUGCUCAUCACAGCUGACCUCCUGGCUGCCUUCGGAUUCACCUUCCUCCUGCUGGGCCUUGACUGUGUGAAAUUCCUUACGGACGAACCUGGAAUCAAAACACACAUUUGCUUCAUAGCUGGAUUAGCUCUCUUAGCAGGAGGGGUUCCAGGGCUCAUUGGCUCUGUCUGGUACGCCAUCGGUGUCUACGUGGAGCGCUCCACCCUGGUUUUGCAUAAUGUCUUUGUGGGCAUCCAGUACAAAUUUGGGUGGUCGUGUUGGCUCGGGCUGAGUGGCUCUCUGGGAUGCUUCUUAUCUGGUGCCUUGCUAACCUGUUGCAUGUAUCUCUUCAGAGAUGUUGGCUCUAGCAGAUGCCUUUCCUCCAAUUCCUUACGGAAGGCUUAUUCCCCUCCAGGGAUGACCAACCUGUACCAUCCAUCCUCCCAGACUGCCACUGCCAAAAUGUAUGCGAUGGACACCAGGGUGUGAGGAAGGGGAGAUGCUGAGAGGGGAGAAAGCAUGUGCCCAUCUUCUGUGCAACUUAUGGGGCCAGCCUGAAUGCAAGGGACGGUGGCUCGGAGGCUGCGAUUCAUCCCAGAGACUUUGGCUGCAUCCCCAAAUGAUGACUCAUCCCUAUUAAUUUGUUUGCUUGUUUUAAAAAAUUGUGACUAUGGUUAAUGCAGGGUGUCAUGCCAGAAACCCCCAUAUUUAAUUUGAAUGGGCAUCACAGAAUGAUUCCAUUCAUUUUUAUUCCAGUGAACUGCUAGCAGAGGCAGCCAUAAAUGUGUGCAUUGUCAGUUGCUUUCUUGAAAGAUUGUCAUCAGCGUUCCCCUUCUGGGGCACCUCCUCUUCUGCUGGGGGGGCUUGAAUGUGUAUUGCACAGGUUGCUAAGACGUAAUCCAUUGGAUGCAAGGAAAAGUCCAAAAACAUGUUAGUGUCUCUCCUGGAAAACAGGACAACAAGCCAACAUUUAGAAAUGGCAGCAUGCAGAAAAUGACAUUUUUGGAGCUGGCUGGCGGCCCAGGGUUGCUGCAGGUCCUCUGAAUGGAUGCUGCUUUGGGGUGCCUGUGUCCCUGCUUGUCU